AUGAGUUGCCUUAGCUGGAACUGUCGUGGGCUUGGCAACCCACGGGCAGUUAGUUUCCUAAAAGAAAUUGUUAGGGAAAAGAGGCCAAGUUUUAUUUUUUUAAUUGAAACUCUUUGUUAUCGUAAUAGGAUUGAAGAAAUAAAAAAUUUAUUGGGUUAUGAUGAUUUUGUUUCUGUAGACUGUGUGGGGCAUAGUGGUGGUCUGGCUUUACUUUGGCGUGCUAUUGACUCUGUGCAUGUUUUAUUUCAAUCGGCUAGAUGUAUUGAUGUGGAGGUUGACUUAGAUUCGGUGGGUAGUUGGCGACUAACUGGCUUUUAUGGACAUCCUAAUCGUAAUCAUCAUCAGGAGUCUUGGGCUUUACUACAGAAUUUAGCAACUAUGAGCACACGUCCCUGGGUCUGUAUGGGGGACUUCAAUGACAUUCUAGAUAAUCAUGAGAAGAAAGGAGGCAGACGGCAACCGAAUGCAUUGAUUCAGGGGUUUCGCAAUGCUGUAAUGGCAGCGGGACUCUGUGAUUUUCCCAUGAGCGGAUAUAAAUUUACUUGGGAAACUGGUAGGGGCUCAGAUCGGUGGGUUGAAGAAAAAUUAGAUAGAGUUCUUACCUCUCCAUCAUUUAAUUCUUUGUUUUCCCAUGCUAGAGCGGCUUCGUUGGAAGCUUCUUCAUCUGAUCAUCUUCCAAUACUGUUGGAGAUACGUCUCUUUAUUCCGACCCAGUUGGCCAGGAGAUUUAAAUUUGAGAACAGUUGGAGAAGAGAGCCGCAGUGCCGUGAGUUGAUCUCCAAUGUUUGGAAUUCGAGUGCCUCUGUGGAUGUGUUUAAUAAAUUACUUCGGUGUGGAGAAUUGUUGUAUAGAUAG